UUACAGUUUUUUUUGUUACGGAUAAGUUUUUGGAAAACUAUGUAAUUUUCUCGUGACGAAAUUUUGUGUUGUGCACUGUGAAAAGCCUCAUAGUUGUGGAAAAUUUUUGAUUAAUUUGUUUGAAAAAAGUGUUACAACCAAUAAUGAGUCAGUCUACCAUUAUUUAUGCCAAAUAAACUAAUUAAAAUUUUUUAUAAUUCAGAAUUAAGUGACACAAAUAUUUUACAUCAACAAAAAAAAAUGUGCCAAUAAAAAUUUAUGGUGAAAAUUAAAAUAUUUGUCUUUGUUCUUUAUGUGAUCUAAUUUCACUCCAAAGUUGUGUUUUUUUUUUUUCUGUUUUUUUGUUUUAAAAAUGUUGUUAUUUUAUUUUUGUGUGCCAUUUUAUUAAAUCAUGUCAAUACGUUUAACGGGUGUUUGCUUUGUGUCAUCAUCACCAACGUCACCCACAUCAAUGAUGACACAAAAUAAUGUUGGUGGGGGGAAUAAUAAUGGACAUCAUCUUCAUCAUCAUCAAGGUGUAAAUAAUGGUGUUAUGAAAACAGUUACCAUUGUUACACCACAGCGUAGUAAUAGUUUGGAUUAUUUAAAUUUUGAGGAGAAACGACAAUUAAUUGCGUCGUCUUUGUCGUUAUCCGACUUUCUACAUUGUAGUCCAACGGCUGCGGCAGCAGAUGCUGCUAAAGAAUUAGCGGCUAAAACUAAUGUUAUUGUUGCAAAAAAACAAAAUGGUGCAGCAAUAAGAACGAAUAGUUUAGGUAGCGGUACACGAACACCACCUCUUGAGCGAAAAAGUAAAUUUUCCGCAUUAGGAAGGUUAUUCAAACCAUGGAAAUGGAAAAGAAAAAAGAAAUCUGAUAAAUUUGAAGCUGCCUCUAGAUCUUUAGAAAGAAAAAUCUCUGUUCGCGCCAAUAGAGAUGAACUUGUCCAAAAAGGUAUUUUAUUACCGGAAAGUCCAAUCACACCGAUACCCGAGCCAGGCAGUGAUGCCACCCACCAAUUAUUCCCUCCUACAUCAACCGCCAACAAUAAUGGACCAAAUAAUGGUCCAUCUUGCCAAACAACACAAUCAUCCUCAUCCCCUGCAUCACCAUUACCACCAUUAUCAUCAUCACAAUCACAACAUGGUAUUGAAAGUAGUCGUUUAGGUGGUGGUGGUGGAGGUAGUGGGAGUAAUAGUGGUGGUAAUAAUAAUAAUAAUACAUUACCAACUCCCACACAACAACAAAUCACACAACAUCAUGCCAUCCAACAACAAUUACAACAACAGUUUGCUGCUCAACUUCAACAACAACUUCAUAAUAAUCAUAAUAAUAAUAAUAAUAAUUCCACGACGAACAAUACGUCGAAUAAUAAUACUGAGCCGAAAAAGGAUAAGACUGACCAAUCUGCCAAUGGAGCGGUAUCCCCGAGUACAGAACACUCUAGCAGUAGUAUGGGAUGUCUCCGAGGACCUGGCAACGAUGCAAAUUCGGGUGCUCCAUCAAAUAAACCUGAAAGACCGUCCACACUGGGUCCAGGAAAAAUUACACGACGUUUAUUAUGUUACCAUAAUGAACACUUUCCUGAAAAUGCUCAACCAGGUCCACCAGGAAGCACACCACCUCCACAGGAAAGGCAUAUGCAUCAUUUACCAAUACCUGGACAACAUCCGCAACAAAAUUCAUUUUUAUUAUCAGAACUUCCCGAACCCCCUAUACCUGUAUCUGAAAUUGGCCCAAUACCUCCUCCGCCCAUGUUUAGUUCACCAAGUCCUACUUUAACUUUACGACAGGGUACAGUCAAUGUUCCAGAAUAUGAUUACGAUGAUCAAGAUGACAUUGAUCCAGAAGAUUUAGAUGACGAUGAAGAUGACGAUGGGGAUCCACGUUAUAUGUUCCGCAUGUCACAACCGGAUCCUGCAAUUGAUACAUCACGUGUUGAUGAAAUACCAGCCAAAGAACCGAAAUUCAAUGCCAUUCCGCUUAAAUCGGCGCUCAAAAAGAAAGGCAGUGGUAGUGGUCCAGCCACGCCACAAAAUACUCCCACACAAGAAAAUAGACCACUCACUUCUAGACAAGAUCCACAAAGUGCCUCUUUUAAAAGGCCUCCUUUGAGACCUCGGAUUAGAAUAUGCGCAAGACCUGUAAGAUUUGGUAUCACGUUACCAUGUACGCUAGAAAAUAAAGAAAAUGCUAGGCCAUAUAUAAUACGAGAAGGUGUUGAUACUGACUCAGGUGAUGGACCUGUUUUAUAUAGAGACGAUGAUCCAUCUGAAGAUAUUAGUUUAGCAGCAAAAAUUGCACGAAAAGAAAGUUUAUCGUUAAAACUAGCGUUACGACCAGAUCGUCAAGAAUUAAUUAAUCGUAAUAUAUUACAAUUACAAUCGGAUAACGAACGACAAGAGACAAAAGAGGCAAUUGGUGCACGACUUAUACGACGACUUAGUAUGAGACCAACUCAGGAAGAAUUAGUUGAAAGAAAUAUUUUAAAAACACAAAGUCCCGCUGAGGAGAAAAAACAAAAAGAAGAAAAGAAACGAUAUUUAUUAAGGAAACUUAGUUUUAGACCAACUGUAGAAGAAUUAAAAGAAAAGAAAAUUAUUAGGUUUAAUGAUUAUAUUGAAGUGACACAAGCGCAUGAUUAUGAUAGGCGAGCUGAUAAACCAUGGACGCGACUAACACCAAAAGAUAAAGCUGCGAUACGUAAAGAAUUAAAUGAAUUUAAAAGUUCUGAGAUGGCAGUACACGAGGAUAGCCGACACCUCACUAGAUUCCACAGGCCAUGACAAUUGCAAAGUAAAUUAAAUGAAAUAAAGCUCAGUGCUGUGAUGAUGCGUGCGAGUGUAAUCUAUCGUAUUUAUCUCUGUUUAUAAAAAAAUAUAAGAAAUGAAAAAAAUAAUACAAAAAAAUAAAAAUAAAUAAAUAAUAAAAAAAGAAUAUUAUGUUUGAUAGUGUUUAAAAAAAAUUAGAGAGCAGCUGCUGCCACCACCUAUUA